UCUUUCUCGCUGUAACUUCCUGAGAUUCAAGAAGUCACCAUGUCAGCCGAUGUACAAUGGGCCAUCAUCAGGAACAACUCCUGUUUCCUGCUGAAGGGAAACAAGAGAACUUUUAGCAUGGAACCCAACAAUUUGAAGGCUAUCAACUCAUUCCGCUACAACGGAAUUGUUCAGCGCAAGACGAUUGGUGUAGAGCCAGCCAAGGAUGGCAAGGGUGUUGUCAUGGUUACACGAAAAAACCAAGGAUGGAGGAAGCCCAAUAAGAACUACUCCAAAAUGGAGCUGAAGAGAGAUCCAAGGCGUGUGCUGGGCACCAUCAGGAAGACUGUCGGUAACAACAGAUACAGGAAGGACCUGAAGAUGGCUGCCAUCCGCCGUGCUAGUGCCCUCCUUAAGAGCCAGAAACCUGUGGUUGUCAAGUCAACAAGAAAAACAAAGAGUUAGACAAUUCAAGUGUACAUAGCGGCUAAUAAACGUGGAAAAGAAA